UGGCCUAGAAAGGCCCACACAGCUCUCCUCGGCACCCAGCCCCUCGGAGCCACCAUGAGCCAGCCCCAACACCCUGGGCCGGGUGAGGCUGCUCCAGAGACCCUCCUGGGUGACCUCAUCAGCUACUACCAAGAGGAGGCAGGGGCCGGCCGGCUCCGGGUCUGCAGGCAAGCAGCCCUCACUCACAGGGCCCGACGGUUCUCCGACAUGGGCCCCCCCCUUCAGCUCUGUCUGCCUGAACUUGUGGCCUCCAAUCUGCGGGCCACUCACUCCCAGGGGGCACCCAGCCCUACCCAGCCUGUCUGCCAUGAACUGGUGCAGGCACUAGAGUUCCUGGAGCUAAUAUCUGUCAACCUACUUCUGUUUCCCUGGAGGAAGGAAAUCAGGUCCCUGAAGACAUACACUGGAAACUUUGCCUACCGGGUGCAGCCUGUGCUUUCUGAACAAACACUGCACACCAUUCUGGGCAGGCUGGGCUAUGUGGCCACCUCUGAGGCGGAGUUUUCGCUGGUCCAGGCCAUCAGCAAGGAGGACGCCAAGCAGAUGGUGUUUGAAAUCUUCCUGGCGAGAGUUACAUGUGAGGCCAUUCUGGGGACCUCGAGCAGGCAGGUCCUGGGACUGGGCAGAGAGAAACCCUACCGCAGGCGCAGCUCCAAGAGAAAGCUGGCGAAGGCCCACAACUGCCCCGAGGGGGCCCAGCCAGGCCCCCAAGAAGGGCUGGGAUCUGAGAGGGCCCUGACUGAGGGCCCUGACCAUCAGAGCACUGUGCCAACGGCCCCGAGCCUGUCUGAGGUCUCAACAUCCCCCCGCACCCUCCGUGCCGGCCCCCAGCUCCCCCUGGACUCCCAGCGCCGUGCCAGCACACGCUCGGACAGUGAGGAGUUCUUGACCUGCUACAGUGACCUUGUUCUGCACCGGACACCCCUGUUCCCCAGGGACUUUCCCCUGCGAGGCCUGAAGGGAGACCAAGCCCAGGGCCCAGCCCCGGCUCCCAGCCCACCUGCAGGUGAAGCGCUCACCUCCUUGGGCAGCAGCGGUGAGUGGUCCCUGGUCCCCAGUGCAGCUCCUGAGAGCAGAGUGGUCACCAUCCCCAGGCAGCCCCGGCUGACACCAGGCCCCCAGUUGUCAGGGAAACCCUUGGACCCAAAGCCAGAAGCACAGCCGGAGCCGGCCACCCCUGACGCAGACACUGUUCCUCCAAACACUUCCUCUGAGUUGGACGAGCUCUGUGAACACCUCUCCCACCUCCUCGGACCCCCAACUCUAGCAGACCAUCCUGGGGGCCUCCCAGGCCCUGGGGUUGAGGACACUAGACAAUCAGAACCUCUCACGGGGCCAGAGCCAGCCGCUGAGGCCGGGGGCCCAGACAGUAGGAUCACCCAGCUCUGGAGGCCUACUCAGAACCCCCUCAUGUAUGAGGGCCCCCGACACUAUGUUCCCCCAGGGGAGCUGGAGGGGCCAGUUCUGACCCAAGAACACCACCCAGGCAAUAGCUAAAAAA